AUGGAUAUACAUAAUCCUCAACAUUUUGAUCUGAAUACUGGUGCAAAGAUACCAGCAAUUGGUCUUGGAACAUGGAAAGCUUCUCCUGGUGUUGUUGGUGAUGCUGUUGUUUCUGCAGUCAAGGCUGGCUAUAGACAUAUAGAUUGUGCUCGGGUAUAUGAUAAUGAAAAAGAGGUAGGGGAGGCAUUGAAAACACUGUUUUCUACUGGGGUAGUAGGGCGUAGUGAAAUGUUCAUCACAUCAAAGCUAUGGGUUAGUGACUGUGCACCAGAAGAUGUCUCAAAGGCACUGACAAAGACUCUAGAGGAUCUGCAGCUUGACUACAUCGAUUUAUAUCUCAUACACUGGCCUUUUAGGACAAAGUCAGGAUCAAGAGGUUGGGACCCUGAGGUGAUGGCUCCUUUAUGUCUUUCCGAGACAUGGAAUGCAAUGGAAGGUUUAUUCGCCUCAGGUCAGGCUCGCGCAAUUGGUGUCAGCAACUUUUCAACUAAGAAGCUGCAAGACUUAAUCAGAUAUGCUAAGGUUCCACCAGCAGUUAACCAAGUUGAAUGCCAUCCUGUUUGGCAACAACCUGCUCUUCAUAAUUUUUGCAUGUCUACUGGUGUUCAUCUCACAGCAUAUUCUCCUCUAGGUUCUCCUGGAUCAUGGGUAAAGGGAGAAAUCUUGAAGGAACCAAUUUUGAUUGAAAUUGCUGAAAAACUUAACAAGUCUCCAGCACAAGUGGCUUUAAGAUGGGGACUUCAAAGCGGUCACAGUGUUCUUCCAAAGAGUGUAAAUGAAUCAAGGAUCAAAGAGAAUCUUAGCUUAUUUGAUUGGUGUAUUCCUCCAGAACUCUUCGCAAAAUUCUCACAGAUUCACCAGCAAAGGCUACUUAGAGGGGACUUUGCAGUUCAUGAAACUUGUAGUCCAUACAAAAGUCUUGAAGAUUUGUGGGAUGGAGAAAUAUGA